AGUUUUUUUCUUCUUUACCGUAAAGAAAGAAACGAGCGCAAGAACGAUGGCGGUUGACAUGAGCUCCCUGGGAUCACGCAUGAUGCAAUUCGACUCUGUACAAGACGAACUGGAGUAUUAUCGCAUGCAUGCGGAAAAUCUCGAGAGCACAUUACAAGAAACAAGAGCCGCACUCGAUGAAUUUCAAAUAUCCUCCCGUGAAUUGGAAGAAGAACUGGAGAAGGAAUUGCAAACCACUGAAAAGGCGUACAAGGAUCUGAAAGCACGUUGCGAACAAUCACGACGAGAUGCUGAAGAUUGGAAGGCAAAAUAUACCCAAGCAAAGCACGAGCAGAAUAUGUCCCAAAUGCAGAUGCAACGUGAGAUCGAUAUUCUUCGGGCGACAGAAGAAAUGUUUCGGAAGAAAAUUUUGGAGCUAGAACUAGACAACGAUGAUCUUGAACGGACAGAGAGAGCGGCUGCUUCGUCCUUGAGUGAUUUGGAGGUCAAGCUCAACAAAGCCAUUGAACGAAAUGUCAUUCUCGAGAACGAAAUUGCGACCAAGGACAGUUUAACAGAACAAACGCAACGAUUGAAAGAUGAACUUAAUGAGGUGAAUCAGGAAUUGUCGGUAUUACGGCAUAAAUCGUUGAAGCAAUCGGAAGCGAUCCAGGAAAUGGAAGCCAAAUUGGAAGCAUCGGAGAAAAAAUGCCGUGACAUGGAACAGCAACAACGCAUGUCACGUUCAUCCACACCCGAUGCUGGUUCGCUCUAUUUUGAACCCUACGGACGCAUGAGCUCAAGACCACGUAUACCCAGAGCAGGCAAUGUCGGAGACACGCCUGUUGCACUCUCUGUAGCAAGCUCCAACCCCGUGAAAAUGGUGCAGGAAAUGGUCGGAAGAGUUAGGAGUUUGGAGGCGCGUCUUCAAUCAUGUCGAUCUUUGGUAACCCCUCUUUUGAAUCCGCCUCCUUCCUACAGUUCAUCUAUUCCUGCCUCCAAUUACGGUCAAACUGAUACAGUCAUGACCAGUCGACCUUCCUCACCUAGCAGUAUUCGUUCCGGCAGUCCGAUGCAUUUUUCAAACAUCAAGGCACGACGACCCUCCGAGUACAUGAAGCAUUAAAGCAAUCCUCCAAUACACUAUAUUAUAUAUACAAAUGGCUGUUGAGAUUUGCUUAGGUUUAUCACCUUUUUAAACAGCUUUUUAUUUCAUGUCCACAAUAGCUUCAAAAAAUAUCCAGUACAGCUUUUUUUUUGUGAAUAUCUACGAUCAUGUCGCUUUAAAAACGAAAUACAGUGAUAAUUUCAUUGUAUCAAUGAUACAAGGAGAUAUCAUUUGGUCACAGCACACAAAUGCAUCUUGACUAUUUUUUUGAAAGUCACAC